AAACGGAUGCAAUUUAAUUUAUUAUUUUAGAAGGAUAUUGUACAUGAGAUUAUAGUAAGUAUAAAAAAAAAUCUUCUCGAAGGUUCGUUUAGUACAUGUCGUCGAAUAUACUGAAAACCACCGAUAGUUCAUAAUCAAUAUGUCUUGAACUGCUUUUACAUAAAGGGUAAAAGCGAUUUAAUUGAAAAGAUGUUACAGCAGAGGACCGAAACAUGUAGUUCAAUGAAUGCAUUUUUAUUUCUCAGUUGUUUCUGUAAACUGUCAUGCUUAGGUAUGCACCAGUCUAAUCCAAUUGGGGACUGAUACUAGUCAACAGGAAUUAAAAAGCAAAUUGGCGAUGAUUUGAUAAGAUCGGAAAGAAGUUGUCGUCUCGACCUUCGCAGAUGGGGAGCUAAAUUUGAAGCGAAUUCACAACGUCAGAUCAAAGCUUCGAUAAAAUGAUAAAACUAAUAUCAGAAUCACGUAUAAACUUUGUUGAACGAAAAAUUGCAUUGAAAUUAUUUCGACGUUUCUGGCGCGCAAUCGAAGCAUAUUCUCAAGGUCAAACAUAUGUUGAUGUAUUAAAGCUGUUUUUUAGUCAACUCUGCAAAUCAACAAUUCAAUCUCAUCGAAAAACAACAAAUACAAACAUAGAUGAAGACUAAUGGAAAUAUUUUUCCUAUUUGAACACUUUUAUUCUGAAUGUAUCCGUUUAUAUUAUAUAGCCAAGCAUGAAAAUUAAUCAGUUUCUGCAUUAAAAAUGAUUAAAUCCUGAUCAGAACAAUAAAACUAUGGUUUUUGAAACAGAGUUUUCCAGAGGCCUAUUUAAGACUGAGAUCUCAGAAGUAUACUCAUCCGAUUCGUCAUCAGUUUUUACCUAUGUAAAAGAAUUUUCACUUGAUUUGAAUAAAAAAUAAGCAUUUUAUUGAAACAUGACCUUCCCCUUUUUCUAUGACACCAGUAAAAAUGAUUUUUUUCAACAAAGAAAAGAAAAGGAAGAAAAAGAAUGCGGAGUUUUGUGGCUGAUGGUAUGUUGAGUUGAAUGAGAUAGAAUACUUGACUUCAUCGCUUACGUAGAAAAACUUAAUACGUUUACAAAAACGACUUAUGCAUAUUGCACUCGGUGUGAUUUGGAGCACUACUGCGAAAAAAUGUUGGGGUCUUAAACCGAUUCAACAACUCCUCUAGGCUCAGUUUUUGAUGCUGAAUCUGAAAAAAAUAUUUUCUGAAACUCAGAAAAAGCGCGAACCGAAAUAUAAGGCGUAUUUUGAAAAAAAUGUGUCGUUUGAAAAAUACGACAUCCUUCGAUUUUUUCGUAUUUUUCGACCUGAAAAAGAUAUUUGCGUAAGGUAGAAAGUUGUUUUUCAUGAUCAGCAACUCUCACUCUAUCAAAUGGUGUUAAAAAAAGGCAAAAAAGUUUUUACUUGAAGUUUGAAUUGCCUGCACCUUAUAAAGGGUCAAAAUGGUCGCGAGACAAAUAGCGAGCUUUUCAUGAAAGCAACUUCAAAUAGAUUUGUAAUCAAAUGAAGUAAAUGGGAACAAAUGUGAUUGUGUAUAUGACCCGAGCGAGAAAAUUCUAUAAAAAAACCGACAAAGAAAUGUACUGAAGAAAGAGUUUGUUUAUAGAAUGAAAUAUGUCAACUACAAUAAAAACCCAUACAGAAACAAAGGUCAUAACAAAUAUUUUGCGUAUAACUCGUAAAUGAUUGAAGAUUAAGUAACCGAUUUUACGAGCAUGUAGUCCGAAAAUGAAUAAUUAUAUGUUAAAAGGCUAGCAAUUUUUCAUCAACUCUAAGGAAAAUUCUGUGCGAAUGUUUCCAUCAUGCAAACAGUACCCUGUUUAUGGGAAGCACUGUAUCGUGUAAUACCAAUACCUUUGUAGUGAUCCAGAUACAAACUAUUUCGCCAUGAAUUUGCAGACUUCACUGCUUUUAUAGGCGUGAGAAAAAGUUCCGCUGAUACAACGUUAAGAUCUGAAAUAACAAUCGUCAUUUACUCUAAUUUAGUCGUACACAUUUUUUUUCUUAAUUUUCAGAUGUCAUUAAAAGAAAAUUGAUCACAUUUAAUGACGUUGCAAAUGCAACAACAACCUAUGGAAGAGUACCAAAUGGUUAUCAUGGUUUAAACUGGGAUAAUUUUUGGUAUUUACACGAAUCAUAUGCGAAUAAAAAUAGUGGCUAUCCGAAUGCAUUUCGACAUGGGCAUUACAUUGCCUUUAAUGAAGGUGGACGACCAAUGUCAGUAUCUUCUCCACCACGAGCCACAUUUAAUGUUUUCACAUUUGAAGCAAAUGCAGCAUUCUACGAUAGUUUACAGUUAACAAUCACAGGUUUUCGUAAUCAAAAAGAAAUUUAUACAAAAACUGUUACAUUAGAAUAUACAAAAUCACAAGUUUAUGAACUAAAUUGGUGGAAUAUUGAUAAAUUACAAUUUAAAUCAUUUGGUGGUAAACUACAUCGUGGAUGUUGUGAUUUUAAAGAUUUUAUUGUAAGUUGCUUAAAUUUAGGAUAA